UUUAGCGAGGCCCACAAAAUAAAGAAGAGGAAGAAAAGCUACUUGUCAUCGAAGAAAACGAGUAUUCGUUCACUCAAAUCCCCGCAACCGAAACCACAGAUCUGACACCGAUGGCGCUCGAGUGGGUUGUGCUAGGCUACGCUGCUGCUGCAGAGGCAAUCAUGGUCCUCCUCCUUACCAUCCCCGGCCUCGACGGCCUCCGCAGGGGUCUCAUCGCCGUCACCCGCAACCUCCUCAAACCGUUCCUCUCCGUUGUUCCAUUCUGCCUCUUCCUGUUAAUGGACAUUUACUGGAAGUACGAGACAAGGCCUUCCUGCGAGGGAGAUUCGUGCACUCCCACGGAGCACCUCCGCCACCAGAAGUCCAUCAUGAAGAGUCAGCGCAACGCCCUCCUCAUCGCCUCCGCGCUCCUCUUCUACUGGCUUCUCUAUUCCGUCACCAACCUCGUCGUCAAGAUCGAGCAGUUGAACCAGCGCGUUGAGCGCUUGAAGAAUCGCGAUUGAGCUUCUCUCUUUUUCCCUAGGUUUUCCCCGAUCCCUACUUAUAAUUUUGUCUCUGUCUCUUUUCAGUUUUCGGUUCCAGUUAUAUAAUUGAACAUUUUUUUUCCUUUUUUUUCCUUUUUUUUUUUUGU